AGCCUUGCAGAUGGGUCAGGGGCUGUGGAGAGUGGCCAGAAACCAGCAGCUACAACAGGAAGGCUAUAGUGAGCAAGGCUACCUCACCAGAGAGCAGAGCAGGAGAAUGGCUAUGAGCAACAUUUCUAACACCAAUCAUCGCAAACAAGUCCAAGGAGGCAUUGACAUAUAUCAUCUUUUGAAGGCAAGGAAAUCUAAAGAACAGGAAGGAUUCAUUAAUUUGGAGAUGUUGCCUCCUGAGCUAAGCUUUACCAUCUUGUCCUACCUGAAUGCAACUGACCUCUGCUUGGCUUCAUGUGUUUGGCAGGACCUCGCUAAUGAUGAACUUCUCUGGCAAGGGUUGUGCAAAUCCACUUGGGGUCACUGUUCCAUUUACAAUAAGAGCCCACCUCUAGGAUUUUCCUUUAGAAAAUUGUAUAUGCAGCUGGAUGAAGGCAGCCUCACCUUUAAUGCCAACCCAGAUGAGCCACAGGGAACAAGAUUCUCCAAAGGACACCGUUCAUGUCACGGAUAUGGGUAACCAAACUCCACAGCAACUGCUGGCAGUGGCUCAUGGGGUGGGGGAGAACAUCUGCACAGUUUGUGGUAUGAUUAUCUAGCACGCUGUUGUUACAUGCAUGACAUUGUGAUCUCAGCUGUAUUGUAACGUCUUGAUCUUGUGCAUGAGCUUGUGUACUUCGUGGCAGGUGAUCACAUUCUAGUGAAAGAAUGUGCUGAAAAUCAUCUGUUUACAUUAAUUUGUAUUUCCCCUGCAUGUUCAAGUUGAGUGUAUCGAUUUUAUUCCACUAUCAGUAUUAUAAUAAAGUAACUUUACUUACCAA